AUGCGAAAGUCAGACAGAGGAAUGGCGUCAGGAGGGGGGGCGGUGAGGUUAGACGAUGGGGAGGCCGCGGAGGAGGAAAGCGGACGAGUGGGGGAGAAGGAAAAGGAGGGGGCUUGUCGCAGCGCCCGACGGGAGAUACGAGAGUCUGGGCUUGAGGGCGUGCAGGAGGAGAGCGGUGAGAAGGAUGGGGAAAGGAGUGCGGAGGGGGUGGAGGAAGGGGAGGGGGAGGAGGGGGGAGGAAGGGAGAGAUCAGUUGACUUGCUAGGAGUGGGGGCGAGAGAGGAGGAGGGGAGACGGCGAGGGAGAGCAGAGGAUGGGGAAGCAAUGGGGGAGGACCAGGAGGAAAAGGAGGAGGAUGCAGGGAGCGGAUGCAAUGGGGCCAUGCAAUCCGUGCUGGUGGUAGCGGCAGCAGUGGCGGCAGCAGCGGUGGCAGCAGCAGUUGCAGGAGUGGUGGAUAAGAGGGGUACGGUAGAGGAGGAGGAGGAGGAGGAGGAGGAGGAGGAGGAGGAGGAGGAGGAGGAGGAGGAGGAGGAGGAGGAGGAGGAGGAGGAGGAGGAGGAGGAGGAGGAGGAGGAGGAGGAGGAGGAGGAGGAGGAGGAGGAGGAAGAGGAGGAGAAGGAGGAAGAAGAGGCAAGCGAGAGGUAG